GCUGAAGGGAGGACGCUGCUCCCACUCCCAAUGGCUGUGGAACAAUCAGAAGAGACUUUCACACGUGAAAGGUCAGGAUUAGUCGAGAUCGACAGCACUCUACUUUAUUCCAUUGAAACCAUGAUGAUUCAAUGGAUCCAUCAGAUCUCGGAUGUCCUGAAGAAGGACUCCAGUGACGCCCUGCUGCAAGGAGACAAUCCCGGACCCUCUACAGAAUUGGACUUCUGGUUGAUGCAGAAGGAGAACCUCCUCGGCAUUCAGCAGCAGAUUCAGGAUCCAAAGGUGACAAAGAUAAUUGAAAUCUUAAGAAGAAUCAAAAGCAGUUACUAUGCGGCCUUCAGUGACAUCAUCCAGAAAGUCAACCAAGCCGUGCUAGAAGCUGAGGACAUUGAGCUUCACCUGAGACCUCUGAAGCGCCACAUUGCCGUCUUGGAGGAAUGCAGUUUUGCGGACAUCGACCACCUGAUCACACCUCUCUUCCACACCCUUUGCCUGAUAUGGACGCACUCCCAGUACUACUGCUGCCCGCCUCGCAUUGUUGUGCUGCUGCAGAAGUUCUGCAAUCUGCUGAUUGAGCGGGCUUUUGUGUACCUCAUUCCUGAAGAGCUUUUCAAGAUGGAGCUGGAGGAAGGGAUGGAAAAAGUCCACCGCACCAUACUGACAAUUCAAAGCUUUAAGAAGUGCUUCCAUCAGCACAAGGACCAGCUCCACCAGUAUUACCCAGAAGGAGUUGAAGUGAAAACCUGGAAUUUCCCUUCUUACCUCAUCUUUACCAGAAUGGACCGAAUCCUGGAAAGGCUGAUGAAGAUUGAGACCCUGUUUGCCUCUGCACUAGACUUUCUCAAGCUGGAGCGCAUUGAAAUUGGUGGCUGUCGAGGGAAGAUCUUGAGUGAAAUGGUUUACAGCAUGAAUGAGGAAUUCCAUGAGAGCUGGAGAGCCCUAAGGGAAAGCAAAUACGAUCCGCUGGAUUACGAACAGUCGGAAUUUCUCUCUGAUUACACCCGACUCAUGGAGCAAAACAAGGAUUUUGAUCAGCGCCUGGGAACAGUGCUUAACCUCGCAUUUCGAGACUCAAGAGGACUGGAGUCUGCCUUUAAGCUUUUGCAAAUCUUCGGCACGCUCCUGGAAAGGCCGCUUGUCAAUCAGCUGUUUGCACCCAACGUCGCCGUGCUGCUGGCCAUGUUUGAGGCCGAAGUGAACUGCUGCUGGCAAAUCGUCGAGAGUCAAAGGGACAAGCUACCCGGUGGCCGUGAAAUUCUCAAUAAAAAUAUGCCGUCCAUCUCUGGCAACCUGAAGUGGUCCCAGGAACUGCGUGAGAGGAUUAUGAGCCAUCUCAACAACUUCAGGCAACUCAGCUUUGUAUCUGUGGAAACCAGUGAGGUAGAUGUAAUUUUUCAGAAAUGUGAAAAAAUGUUGGAGCUGCUAGAACAGCACGAGGAGGAGCUGUUCACCUCAUGGAGGGAGAGUCUGGAUGCUUUGUGUGACUCCAACCUUGAGCGACCGCUGCUAAGGCACAUCCCUGAAUCCAGACACUACGAAGUCAACUUUGAUCCUGCAGUGACUUUGAUGGAGAAAAGGCAGUUUAAUGAAAAGGCCCAGAAGCUAUCUUCUGUACUUCGGGAGGUGAAGUAUCUUGGGAUGCUAAAAUACCACCAUAUCCCUGAGGUGGCCUUACAAUUAUACUCCAAGAAGGAAACACUUCACAAGUACACAGGGACCCUUUCUCUGGUCACAAAGUGGUACAACAAAUUGCGGAGCACUGUGCAGGAAGUGGAGCGCCGCUUGAUCGAGAGGGAUGUCGAAAAAAUUGAUCUUCAGUUGCAGCCGGCCCUGGAGACUCUGACGUGGAAGGACAGUGACUUGUGGGAGUACAUCGAGCAGACAAGAGAUCUUGUCCGUAGUGUGGAUGAGAGAGUUCAGAGAGCAAAAAGUAACGUGGAGACAAUUCAGGCUUUGAUGCUUAACCUCAGUGACACCCCAUUUGUGACCAGGAAAAGCACCGCAAGCAGCCUCCUUGGCAUUGAGGAGAAAGAUGAAAGGAUGGCCCGACUGUACACAAAGAUCCAAGAGCAGGGAGAAAAAAUACAGGCCUUGGUGGAGGAAAACCAAGUUCUGCUGGCUGCAGAUCCUGAGUCGGAGGAGUGGAAGGCCUACUUAGUGUACAUUGACAGGAUGGUGGUGGAAGGGUUUGUGUCGGCCAUCAGAUGUUCACUUCAAUAUCUCAUUGAGAACACGGAACCCACGGUGAAAACUGCACCCCUUUUUGAAGUACAGUUAGUGCUUAAUGGCAGCCAGAUGAUCUUCCAACCACCUUUGGACUUUGGGAUAUAUGGCAACUUCUAUGAUGUGAUUGAAGGGCUCAUCGAAGAUAUAUUUAAAACGGCCUCUUUCAUAUAUCGGGUGGCCAAGCACUUUGAGACUGGGACCUAUCAGCCUGACAUAAACCAGACUCAGGAGCUGACAGAUCUCGCACAGAUGAUCAUGAACAGAGUCAGAAAUGUCAUCAUAAAGGCCAAGAAUUACGAAGACACCUUCAGCGAGUACAGCUAUCUGUGGACAGACGACAGGAAGGAGUUCAUGAAGCAGUUCCUGCUGUAUGGCCAAGUCAUAAAAAGUGAUGAGAUGGAGCUCUAUGCGGAUUACGAGCUGCCGAGGUGUCCCCCUCAACUCAAGCACUUCAAAGAGCAGAUCAGCAUUUUUGAGGUCCUGUCUUCAAAAGUAAAGUCUCUGGAAGACCAAAGGAUUUUCAACGGCUGGUUCCAGAUUGAUGUCCGACCUUUCAAGUUCUCGUUGCUGACUGUAAUUAGCAAAUGGAGCUGGAUGUUCAAAAAGCAUCUCUUGGAUCAUGUAAAUGCCAGCGUCAAUGAACUGGAGACAUUUAUUCAGGAAACGGAAGAAGGCUUAGCUCACAAAGUCACAGAAGGGGACUACAAAGGUCUCAUUGGAAUUAUGGGCCAUCUGAUGGCGAUCCGUGACCGACAAGUGACCACCGAUGAGCAUUUCAGACCCUUAAAGUCAACUGCGGAACUGCUGAAAACCUACAAUCAGCAGCUGCCCGAUCAGGUGUAUGCACAGCUUCAGGAGCUGCCAGAGAAAUGGACCAACCUUAAGAAGAUUGCCUUCACUGUGAAGCAUGAAGUUGCUCCUCUGCAGUCCAAUGAAGUGGCCGUUAUCAGGAGGAAAUGUGUACAUUUCGAGAUAAAGCAGCAUGAGUUCAGAGAACAGUUCAGAACAGAAAUCAUCUUCAGGACCGGCGUGGAUGAUCCCUACAAACUAAUCGACAAGACUCAGAGGAAUAUUGCCAAAAUGGAGAAGGAAAUGCAGAAGCUCCAAGACACGGCAGACCUAUUUGAAGUCAGCGUGCCAGAUUACAAGCAGCUCCGGCAGUGCCGCUCAGACAUCAUCCUGCUCAAGUCCGUGUGGGACAUGGCCAUCUUUGUGCAGACUAGCAUUGACGACUGGACAAAAACUCCAUGGAAGGAAAUAAACGUUGAGCAAAUGGACAUGGAGCUGCGGCGAUUUGCAAAGGAGAUGAAAACUCUCGAUAAGGAAGCUCGGGUUUGGGACGUCUACACCGGGUUGGAGUCCUGUGUGAAGAACCUCCUGACCUCAUUGCGGGCCGUCAAUGAACUGCAGAACCCAGCAGUCAGAGAGAGGCAUUGGCAGCAGCUGAUGAAUGCCACUGGGGUUCAGUUUCUCAUGGAUGAGUCCACCACCUUGGGAGACCUACUAGCUCUGCAACUGCAUCGUGUGGAGGACGAAGUCAAGAAUAUUGUGGAUAAAGCUGUCAAGGAAAUGGCAAUAGAAAGGGUGCUAUCAGAGAUAAACCAGACAUGGGGGUUGAUGAAUUUCUCCUAUGAAGAUCAUCAGAGCACAGGAACUCCACUCCUGAAGCCAGAUGAGAAUCUAAUUGAAACCUUAGAGGACAAUCAGGUCCAGCUGCAGAACAUCCUGAUGAGUAAAUAUGUGGAGUACUUCCUGCUUCAGGUCACAAGCUGGCAAAAGAAGCUGAUGGUGGCAGACAUGGUCAUCUCAAUCUGGAUGGGGGUACAGAGAACAUGGGCCCACUUAGAAAGCAUCUUCACUAAUUCCGAGGACAUCCGAAAACAGCUGUCAGAGGAUGCCAAGAGAUUUGAAAGCAUCAACCUUGACUUUCAGAAUCUAAUAUCAUCUGUUGUUCAGACCCGAAAAGUUAUCGAAGUGACUAACCAGGAAGGAUUUCUGGAAAAACUUGAAGCGCUCCAACAAAGACUGUCGGUAUGCGAGAAGGCUUUAGCGGAGUACCUGGAGACCAAGAGACUCACGUUUCCUCGCUUUUAUUUUGUGUCUGCUAUGGAUCUGCUAGAGAUUGUGUCCAAAGGAACUCAGCCGGUCAAGGUGACACGCCACUUACUAAAACUGUUUGAUAACCUGGCGGACCUGAAAUUUGAAGAAGGCGAGGCAGACGGAGUCAUCCGGACUGCGGUUGGCAUGUACAGUCGGGAAGGAGAAUAUGUGCCUUUCACGCAGCCCUGCAUUUGUGAAGGACAGGCCGAAUGCUGGCUCAGUCAUCUAGAAGACAUGGUGCGCCGGACAGUGCGUCAGGAGAUCAUGGAGGCAGUGGCCGCAUAUGAGGAUAAGCCCCGGGAUCAAUGGCUUUUUGACUAUCCUGCUCAGGUGUCACUCACCGGCAGCCAGAUAUGGUGGGCAACUGAUGUGGGUAUAGCCUUUGUGCGCCUGGAAGAGGGCUUUGAGACGGCGCUGAAAGACUACAAUCGCAAACAGAUUACUCAGCUGAAUGCCCUUAUAAACAUGCUGCUAGGAGACCUCACCCCUGUUGAUCGCCAGAAGAUCAUGACAAUCUGCACAAUUGAUGUGCACGCCAGAGACGUCGUCGCCAAGCUCAUUGCACAGAAGGUGACUAAUGGGCAGGCAUUUGCAUGGUUAUCUCAGCUACGACACCGAUGGGACGACAGCCACAAGCAUUGCUACGUAAAUAUUUGUGAUGCUCAGUUCCAGUAUUCAUACGAGUAUCUGGGAAACACCCCCCGGCUUGUCAUCACGCCCCUUACGGACAGGUGUUACAUCACCUUGACGCAGUCACUGCACCUCACAAUGAGUGGUGCGCCAUCUGGUCCGGCAGGAACUGGGAAGACCGAAACAACUAAAGAUCUUGGCCGCUCCCUUGGCAUUAUGGUUUACGUCUUUAACUGCUCAGAACAAAUGGAUUAUAAGUCUAUCGGGAACAUUUACAAAGGCCUGGCCCAGACGGGCGUGUGGGGCUGUUUCGAUGAGUUCAACCGCAUCUCCAUUGAAGUGCUCUCCGUGGUGGCCGUUCAGGUGAAAACCAUCCAGGAUGCCAUUCGAAAUAAGAAACAAAGGUUUCAUUUCUUGGGAGAAGAAAUCGAGAUGAAAGCAACAGUGGGUAUCUUCAUCACACUGAACCCCGGGUACGCAGGAAGGACAGAACUCCCGGAAAAUCUGAAGGCCCUCUUCCGGCCCUGUGCCAUGGUCAUUCCCGAUUUUGAGCUCAUCUGUGAGAUCAUGCUUGUAGCUGAAGGCUUCAUCGACGCCAGGCUGCUUGCUCGGAAGUUUAUCAGUCUGUACACCCUCUGCAGAGAGCUGCUGUCCAAACAGGACCACUAUGACUGGGGACUGAGGGCUAUCAAAUCCGUGCUUGUCGUUGCUGGAUCACUAAAGCGAGCUGACCGAAGCUGCCCUGAAGACCAGGUGCUGAUGCGAGCCCUCCGGGACUUCAACCUGCCGAAAAUCGUCACCAAUGACGCGCCCAUCUUCCUCGGUCUCAUAGGGGAUCUCUUUCCACUGCUGGAUGUGCCCCGCAGGAGAGACGCCGAUUUGGAGCAGAUGGUGCGUCAGUCCAUCGCGGAGCUGCGUCUGCAACCCGAGGAGAACUUCGUACUCAAGGUUUCUCAGCUCGAAGAGCUGCUUGCUGUGAGGCAUUCGGUCUUUGUUGUGGGAAAUGCUGGAACUGGAAAAAGUCAGAUUCUGAAAACUCUGCAUAGGACCUACACCAACAUGAAGAAGAAGCCUUUGUGGAGUGACAUAAACCCCAAAGCUGUCACGACUGAUGAGCUGUUCGGCUUCCUUCAUGCUUCCACCAGAGAAUGGAAAGAUGGCCUGUUCUCGUCGACCAUGAGGGAGCUCUCCAGCAUGACUCACGGUGGCCCCAAGUGGAUCGUCCUGGAUGGAGACAUCGAUCCCAUGUGGAUAGAGUCGCUCAACACUGUCAUGGACGACAACAAGGUUCUGACUCUGGCCAGUAAUGAACGCAUAUCAUUAACAUCCUCUAUGAGACUCUUGUUUGAAAUCAGCCACCUGCGGGCCGCCACACCUGCCACAGUAUCCAGAGCGGGCAUCCUCUGUGUCAAUCCUCAGGACCUGGGCUUCAGUCCAUACGUAACAAGCUGGAUCGAUACCCGAAAAGCACAGUCGGAAAGAGCAAAUCUCACCAUCUUAUUUGACAAAUAUGUACCGCACUGCUUGGAGCAAGUGAGAUGUAACCUGAAAACAAUAACCCCAAUGCCUGAGAUCAGCAUGGUGCAGACUCUGUGCUCUCUGCUCGAUUGCCUCCUGACACCUGAGAAUACUCCAGCGGAUUCUCCCCGAGAACUCUACGAGAUCUACUUUGUUUUUGCUUGUGUCUGGGCCUUUGGUGGUGCGCUCUUUCAGGACCAGCUUAUCGACUAUCGCAUGGAUUUUAGCCGAUGGUGGUCCAAGGAAAUGAGAACCGUGAAAUUCCCCUCACAGGGAACAGUCUUUGAUUAUUUCAUCGACCCAGAAACCAAGAAGUUCACUCCAUGGUCAGAGAAGAUUCCCGUCUUUGAACUGGAACCCGAGGCGCCUUUACAGACUAUCCUCGUCCAUACUGCUGAGACUGUUUGCCUGAGAUACUUUGUGGACCUGCUUGUGGACAAAGGAAAGCCGAUCAUGCUGGUUGGAAACGCCGGCGUGGGGAAAACCAUCCUCGUCUCGGACAAAGUGUCGCAGCUCUCCGAGGAUUACAUGGUGGCCAAAGUGCCUUUCAACUACUACACUACUUCUGCAAUGCUCCAGCGUGUUCUUGAAAAGGCCCUGGAAAAGAAAGCAGGCCGAAAUUACGCCCCUCCUGGGACCAAGAAGCUGAUCUACUUCAUUGACGACCUGAACAUGCCUGAGGUGGACGCUUAUGGCACGGUGCAGCCUCACACACUUAUCAGACAGCAUCUGGACUACAGCCACUGGUAUGACCGACAGAAGCUCACUCUGAAAGAAAUCCACAAGUGCCAAUACGUCACCUGCAUGAAUCCUGCUGCUGGCAGCUUCUCAGUUAACCCAAGGCUGCAGAGACACUUUUCUGUAUUUGCUUUCACUUUCCCUAAUGUGAAUGCUCUGACGACGAUCUACACCAGCAUCCUAAAUGCACACUUUCAGAGGGGCAGCUUCAGCUAUGGUGUCACAAAGACCGUCAACACUCUGAUCCAGGCUGCAGUCUGCCUCCACCAUAAAAUGACUCAAAACUUCCUGCCCACAGCCAUCAGAUUCCAUUACAUUUUCAACCUGAGAGAUUUGUCGAAUAUUUUUCAGGGGAUUCUCUUUGCCUCUCCAGAGUGUGUGAGAUACACCAUUGAUUUGGUCUAUUUAUGGCUGCAUGAAUCAUCCAGGGUCUACUCUGACAAGCUCAUGGAGGAGAAGGACGUGGAACUCUUCACAAAGAUACUUAUAGACACUGGAAAGCGAUAUUUUGAGGGCAUCGAUGAGCACAUCUUCAUCCAUCAGCCUCUCAUCUACUGUCACUUUGCCCAUGGAGUUGGAGAGCCGCGCUACUUCCCUGUGUCUGACUGGGAGAAGCUGCAUAAAAUUUUGUGUGACGCCCUGGAGCAUUACAACGAGGUGCAUGCUGUGAUGAAUCUUGUCCUGUUUGAAGAGGCCAUGCAGCACAUAUGCCGCAUCAGCCGUAUUCUGGAAACCCCACAUGGCAAUGCACUUCUGAUUGGGGUUGGCGGCAGUGGGAAGCAAAGUCUUUGUCGUCUGGCAGCGUUCCUCAGCAUGCUGGAGGUCUUCCAGAUCACACUUCGCAAGGGAUACGGCAUCCACGAUCUGAGGAGUGACAUAGCUGCCCUGUAUAUGAAAGUUGGAGUGAAGAACAUUGGAAGUGUGUUUCUCCACACGGACGCUCAGAUACCAGAUGAGAGGUUUCUAGUGCUCAUUAAUGACAUGCUGGCAUCAGGAGACAUUCCUGACCUUUUUAGUGAGGAAGAGGUUGAUAACAUCAUUUCCUCAAUCCGUAUGGAGCUCCGAGGUCUUGGUCUGCUGGACACCCGAGAGAACUGCUGGCAGUUCUUCAUUGACAGGAUUCGUCGGCAGCUGAAGGUGGUCCUCUGCUUCUCACCAGUGGGCUUCACUCUGAGGACAAGAGCCAGGAAAUUCCCUGCCCUUGUCAACUGCACUGUCAUCGACUGGUUUCACGCCUGGCCCCUGGAGGCCCUGCAGUCCGUCAGCAGCAGUUUCAUCGAGAAGAUCGAGGGGCUGGAGCCUGAGGUGAAGGCCUCCAUCAGCCAGUUCAUUUCCUACGCACACACCAGUGUGAAUGACGUUAGCCUGAAAUAUCAGCAGAAUGAGAAGCACUACAAUUACACAACGCCCAAGAGUUUUCUGGAGCUCAUGAAGCUCUACGAGAACCUGCUAAGCAAGAAGCGGAAAGAGCUGAGCCAGAAGAUGGAGCGACUGGAGAACGGCUUGCAGAAGCUGCAGACCACGUCCUCUCAGGUGGAGGAUUUGAAGGCGAAGCUGGCGAUUCAGGAAGUGGAGCUGCACCAGCGCAACAAAGACACAGAGGCUCUCAUUGCGAAAAUCGGACAGCAGACUGAGAAGCUGAACCAGGAGAAGGCGGUGGCAGACGCAGAAGAACGAAGGGUUGCGGCAAUCCAGGCUGAAGUGACGAAGAAGCAGCAGGAGUCUGAAGAAGACCUUGCAAAGGCAGAACCGGCUCUAAACGCAGCCAAUGCAGCUUUGAACACCCUGAACAGGAUGAACCUGACAGAGCUCAGAACGUUCCCCAACCCUCCGGCCAUCGUCACCAAUGUGUUGGCUGCAGUUUUAGUGCUGUUGUCUCCCGGUGGAAAGAUCCCGAAAGACCGAAGUUGGAAAGGAGCAAAAAUGUAUAUGAGCAAGGUCGAUGAAUUCCUGCAGGCACUUAUAAACUUUGACAAAGAAAACAUCCAGGAAGCCACAGUCAAAGUUGUGAAGGAAGAGUAUUUGAGUGACCCCGAAUUCAACCAGGAGUUUGUCAAAACAAAGUCUUCAGCAGCUGCCGGGCUCUGCGCAUGGGUAAUGAAUAUCGUCCGCUACCACGAGGUCUUCUGUGAGGUGGAGCUCAAACGACAUGCCCUUUCGCAGGCCAACGCGGACCUGGCCGGAGCAGCAGAGAAACUGGAAGUCAUUCGAAAGAAGCUGGCAGAACUCGACGCCAGCCUGGCCACCUUAACAGCUGCCUUUGAAAAAGCAACGAGUGAAAAACUCCGCUGUCAAGAUGAAGUGAACAGAACUAACAAGACUAUUGAGCUGGCCAAUAGAUUAGUGAAAGGUCUGGAGUCAGAGAACAUCCGCUGGGUACACUCUGUGGCGCAGUACCACGAACAAGGGAAGACGCUGUGUGGCGACGUCCUCCUCACCGCUGCGUUCGUCUCCUACGCCGGCUCCUUCUCCAAACGCUAUCGCCGAGAGCUGCUGGACAACAUGUGGAUGCCGUUUUUGCGCAGUCAAAGGGUGUUCAUUCCAAUGACCGAAGGCCUUGAUCCCAUCUGUAUGCUCACAGACGAUGCUACAAUCGCCCAAUGGAACAACGAGGGGCUGCCCAGUGAUAAAAUGUCCACUCAGAAUGCAACCAUCCUCACCAAUUGUGAACGCUGGCCUCUCUUAAUCGACCCACAGCUUCAGGGCAUCAAGUGGAUCAAGAAGCGCUACGCCGAUGACCUCCGAGUCGUCAGCCUGGGCCAGAAAGGGUACGUGGACAUCAUUGAGCAGGCUGUCGUUCUGGGGGAGCCUGUCUUAAUUGAGAACUUAGAAGAGACCCUCGACCCAGUGCUCGAUCCCCUCUUAGGAAGACACACAACCAAGAAGGGCCGUUACAUUCGCAUCGGUGACAAAGAAUGUCGCUUUCACCCGGACUUUCGGCUGAUCCUGCACACCAAACUGGCAAAUCCGCACUACAAGCCUGAAAUACAGGCCCAGACAACACUUUUAAACUUUACAGUCACCCGAGACGGCCUGGAAGACCAGCUGCUGGCCGAAGUGGUCAAUCUGGAGCGGCCUGAUCUGGAGCAUUUAAAGUCUGAACUUACCAAGCAGCAGAACGAUUUCAAGAUUGAGCUGAAGCUGCUGGAGGACGAGCUGUUAACCCGACUUUCUGCGGCCGAGAGCAACUUCUUAGGGGACAACUUCCUGGUGGAGAAACUGGAGACGACGAAGCACACCGCCGCGGAGAUUGAAAUGAAGGUGCUGGAGGCCAAAGUUAAUGAGCUAAAAAUCAAUGAAGCCCGUGAGUUCUACCGUCCAGUGGCGGCAAGGUCCUCUCUCCUCUACUUCAUCAUGAACGACCUGAAUAAAAUAAACCCAAUGUACCAGUUCUCACUCAAGGCAUUUAAUGUUGUAUUUCACAAGGCCGUGCAGCAGGCCGAACCUUCAGAGGACAUAAGGAAGCGAGUAGACAACCUCAUCGACUGUAUCACUUUCUCCUCCUUCAACUACAUCAGCCGUGGACUGUUUGAACGGGACAAGCUCACCUUCACGGCUCACCUUGCCUUUCAGCUUUUGCUGAUGAAUAGAGAGAUCAACCCCCGAGAGCUGGAUUUCCUUCUACGCUUCAAUAUUGACCACAGCUAUAACAGCCCCUUGGAUUUUCUUUCCAGUUCAGCAUGGAGUGCAAUCAAGACUAUGAGUUUCAUCGAUGAAUUCCGUGGACUGGACCGGGACAUCGAGGGGUCCGCCAAACGCUGGAAAAAGGUUGUGGAGUCCGAGUGUCCUGAAAAGGAGAAGUUCCCUCAAGAGUGGAAAAGCAAGAGCUCCCUGCAGAAGUUAAUUAUGAUGCGAGCGCUGCGUCCCGACAGGAUGACCUACGCCGUCAGAAAUUUUGUCGAAGAGAAACUGGGAGCCAAGUAUACUGAAGUACGCAAAACAGAGUUUGCCAAGUCCUUCAAAGAGAGUGGCCCAGCAUCUCCGGUCUUCUUCAUCUUGUCUCCAGGAGUGGAUCCUCUGAAAGAUGUGGAAUCUCUCGGUAAGAAACUGGGCUUCACCAUCGACUUCGGAAAGCUUCAUAAUGUGUCCCUGGGUCAAGGUCAGGAGGCAGUAGCCGAGGUCGCCAUGAAAAAGGCAUCAAGAUUGGGCCACUGGGUCAUACUUCAGAAUAUUCACUUAGUGGAAAAGUGGCUGUGCACGCUUGAGAAGCUGCUAGAGAGAUAUGGCGAUGGGAGCCACCCUGACUACCGCGUGUUUAUCAGUGCAGAGCCUGCGCCCACCCCCCAGGAGCAUGCCAUUCCACAGGGCAUCCUGGAAAACUCCAUCAAGAUCACCAACGAGCCCCCCACUGGCAUGCUGGCCAACCUGCAUGCAGCUCUGGACAAUUUUGACCAGGAUAUUUUGGAUCAGUGCUCUCGGGAACAAGAGUUCAAGACCAUCCUCUUCUCCCUCUGCUAUUUUCAUGCCUGUGUGGCCGAGCGCAGGAAGUUCGGGCCUCAAGGUUGGAACCGCAAAUAUCCGUUCAACACUGGGGACCUCACAAUCUCAGUCAACGUACUCUACAAUUACUUAGAGGCGAACUCCCAGGUGCCUUGGGAAGACCUUCGCUAUCUCUUCGGGGAGAUCAUGUAUGGUGGCCACAUCACAGACGACUGGGACCGCAGGCUCUGCCGGACAUACCUGGAGGAGUACAUGCAGCCCAACCAGUUUGACAGGAAGCUCGUCCUGACACCCGGCUUUGUGGUGCCGUCUAACUUGGACUACCAGGGCUACCACCGCUUCAUCGAUGACAUGCUGCCUCAUGAGAGCCCAGUGCAUUAUGGGCUCCACCCAAAUGCCGAGAUCGAGUUCCUGACGGUCACGUCGGACAAUCUGUUCCACACUUUGCUGGAGCUGCAGCCCAGGGAUUCGGCCAUUGGGGAGGGAGCCACACAGACGGCUGAAGAGAAGGUCAAGAUGAUCCUCGAUGACAUCCUCGAAAAGCUUCCGGAAGAGUACAACAUGGCUGACAUCACGUCCAAAACGGCCGAGCGCUCCCCCUACCUGCUCGUCUGCUUUCAGGAGUGCGAACGAAUGAACAUCCUGAUCCACGAAAUACGACGCUCACUUAAGGAGCUCGACUUGGGGCUCAAGGGGGAGCUGGCAAUUUCCUCCGAGAUGGAGCAUCUGCAGACGGCGCUUUUCUUUGACAACGUGCCUGACACCUGGACCAAGCUGGCGUACCCAUCGACCUACAGCCUGGCGCUGUGGUACGCCGAUCUCCUCCUCCGCUGCCGAGAGCUCGAUACUUGGACCCAGGAUCUGUGCCUCCCCAGCGUCGUCUGGAUAUCAGGCCUCUUCAACCCCCAGUCCUUCCUCACAGCCGUAAUGCAGAGCUUGGCUCGCAAAAAUGAGUGGCCGCUGGACAAAAUGCAGCUGACUGUCGACGUCACCAAAAAGUACAAGGAAGAGUUCAACCAGGCAGCCCGAGAGGGGGCCUACGUGCACGGGCUGUACAUGGAAGGUGCCAGGUGGGACAUACAAGGUGGCAACAUAACAGAAGCUCGUCUGAAGGAGCUGACGCCAGCGAUGCCAGUAAUCUUUGUCAGAGCGAUACCAAAUGACCGGCAGGAGACACGAAACAUCUACGAGUGCCCGGUGUACAAAACCAAGCUGAGAGGUGCCACCUACGUGUGGACAUUCCACUUGAAGACAAAGGAGCGGCCCGCCAAGUGGAUCCUGGCUGGGGUGGCACUGCUCCUGAGCGUCUAAAUGGAAAAACCAAGUCUAAGGGGCAUGGAGAGGCUCCUGGUGGGCACUGCCCGAUUCUGUUUGAUGGCUUUUCUUAGAUUUGCCUUAUUGAUCGAUUUCUUGUAAUUUGUUUAUUCUUCAUUUGUUCCUUUGCUGGAGUUGGGUAUGAAGCUACCAGCCAACCAAUAGGGAAGGGCGAAGAGCAGAGGGCUGAGAGCAGGGAAUUCUGGGACAUCAGGAAAAGUAAUUUAGAUGGCACCUAAAGGAGAGAAGAAAGGAAAAGCCCCAAUGCCCCUGGGUAUCCCUCAUGUUAUAUGGAGGUCCAUACUGAAAGGCGCUAUAAGGAAAAUACAGAAGGCCUCAUACUAAGCUUGUACCACUAGGUGGCACUGUACUGUAUAUGUGAUGUGCUUUUGGACUGUGUUUGAUUAA